GCGCCGUGCUGCUGAGCCUGCGACGAUAGCAGUGGAUGAUUUUUUUUUUUAAAAAAAGGAGGAAAAAAAACCCCACAACAAGACAUCUCUCUUUUUCGCUCCAUCAUUUGGAAGGGAAAUAAGUGAAGGCCCAGUUUUGUCUCCCUGCCAGAAUCACUGAGGACCCACUGCGCAUCCAAGAAGAGCAAGAAAACUAUUAUUCUGCCCAACCUCAACAGCCUGCCAACCUUCGGAGCAACGCUCACUAGAAAAUCUUCAUAAAGGAUACAGAGCGCUGAAGAAAGAGCACUUUUGUGUCUCGUUAAAGAUAGCCGAGGAGUGUGAGGAGGCACCGGCGAGAGGAAUCAGAUUCUCCGUUAUUCCAAGGGUCCUUCCGUUUGGGUCAGUGACAGCUGAAUUCCACAGAGGGACUAUGAAGACAAGCUGUGUCACUCCACAUUGCAGUCCAACAAGAUAUGACAUAACAUGGGUCCCCUGCUAAUCACCAUGAUGACCAUAAAGCUGUGACUGGCAUUGUGAAGCCUUCGCCCCUGUUUCAGCACCCUUAUCCUCUUUGAAAAUCCUUCCUAGCAACCUCUGUUGCUUCCCUUUCUCCUGCCAACACAACCUCCUUUCCUGCCUGCCCCUACGUUUCUCUCCUUGAUAAUUAUAGCUUCCCCUCUUCCACAUUUCUUUCAUCGGCAUCAUGCAGGGUGCUUUUACCACCUCCACUCUCCUUUUUCUUAUUCUUCCCUCCCUCCUAUUUCUCUCUCACUUUCCCAACACAGUCAAUGGGGACUGCUGGCUCAUAGAGGGGGACAAAGGCUAUGUGUGGCUGGCUAUCUGCAGUCAGAACCAACCACCGUACGAGACUAUCCCCCAGCACAUCAACAACACAGUCCAUGACUUGAGACUGAAUGAGAACAAGCUCAAAGCGGUGCUCUUCAGCUCCAUGUACCGCUUCACCAACCUGACCGACCUCAACCUCACCAAGAAUGACAUCAGCUACAUCGAGGACGGAGCCUUCGCAGGACAAGCCAACCUACAGGUUCUCCAACUGGGCUACAACAAGUUGACAAACUUAACCGAGGGCAUGAUGAGAGGGCUCGGCCGCAUGCAAUGCCUCUUCCUGCAACACAACCUGAUUGAGGUUAUUGCCAACAAUGCAUUCUGGGAGUGCCCCAGCCUCAGCAGCAUUGACCUAUCAUCCAACAAACUCGCCCGGAUAGACCCAUCCACGUUUACAGUUCUCAGUCGACUGAUGGUGUGUGAACUGGCAGCAAAUCCAUUUCACUGUGGCUGUGAUCUCUACAGCUUCCUGACCUGGUUGGAGUCCUUCAACAAUGUCACACACACAUACGAUCGCCUCCAGUGUGAGACGCCCCGUGAGAUGUUUGGCUUCCCCUUGCUUAUUGCUGCAGGUCACGCCGGUCGAAACGCAAAAAACAUUUUGUACCAUCACUGCCGAGAUGGAGUGAUGAUUCCUGGAAUGACCUCUCUCCCACCAGAUCUGGAUGGUCCGUCUGGGAUCGGUCCGGAGAUGUUUGGUGGUAUGAGACCGUAUGAUGAUCCGACCCCUUCCUCUUCGACUGAGCAUAGCUUCACUCCCAGCAUCAAGCUCCAUCAUGUCUCGUUGUCAUCAGCGUCUCUCCUUGUACAGAUCCCAAGGCCCUACAGCAAAAUGUACAUUCUAACACAAUACAACCACACAUUCGUGUCUGAUGUCAUGAAUUUGAAGAACAAGAAGGAGAUGAUUACCCUUAACAAGCUCAAACCACACACCAAUUACACCUUCUGUGUAGCAUCCAUCCGUAACUCUCAGCGCUACAACCACACCUGCCUCACGUUUUCCACUCGUGCUCAAAAUGUUGAUGACAUGCUCCCUACACCUUCCACCACCACACACUACAUAAUGACCAUUGUGGGCUGUCUUUUUGGCAUGCUCAUCGUUUUAGGCUUCGUCUACUAUUGUCUCCGCAAGAAAAGGAUGCAUGAUGAGAAAAAAAAGUCCAUCUGUGUCAAGAAAACUAUCCUUGAAAUGCGCUACGGACCAGAGGUUGCGGCAGCAGUGGCCAAUGAUCCAUCGGCAGUCCACAAGCUUCAGGAACAGUCCAGGGAACAUCACCAGUACCAGCACCACCAUGGAGGCAAACUUCCCAUGUCCACAUCAUCCAGCUCGGGAAUGCUUCAUUCAGCCAACACAAGUUCCUCUAGACUUUCCUCUAUCCCACAAGUGGAAAAGAUGGCCACUGCCUUUUCAGAGGCCCUGGCCACAAGUAAAGGAAAUUAUAUGGAUAUCAGAUCUGGAGGGGCUGGCAUGGAGAGGAUGGGAGAUGGUGGGCAUGGACUGAUGAGGGGGGCAGACUUGAGGGAUGAUGAUGGAACUGAUGUCGGGGAUGACUCAGAUGAUGACGGACAUGGCUCUGCGUCAGAGAUUUCCACCAUUGCCAUGGAGGUGGACAAGGUUAACCAGAUCAUUAACAACUGCAUUGAUGCACUGAAAUUGGAUGCAGCAGCAGUUGCAGCUUCAGGGGCUUCAACUAACACUACAGCCUCCUCCAAUCCAACCUCCCCACCCCCUACCAGCACAUCCUCCCUUACUCGCGGCCUAAUCCCACUCUCCCAAGGGUUGACAGAGACAGGACAGGUCAUUGCUCCCAACAAAAUACCUCCUCCACCUCCUCUCCCUGCCUUGAAUGCCCCUCUCUCUGAGCGCCCAGGCAUCAGCGGUGGUGGCUUUGUCAUCUCUCCCCCCUACAGGCCCCCUCCACCAGCCACCGCUGUGCGUCCCAUUCAGCGACAAAUGAGUGCAGACGCUGCUGUGGUUAUUGUUAAUGCUGUCAAAAAACAGUGCAGCACCAGCUCUUGUGGCUCCAUGGGUCGGGACAGGGAACGCGGAGGAGCUAGGGUGUAUAGCCUGGAUGUACCUGAGCCAAGAAGCCCAGAUGGCUGUAAUCAACAACAGCAGCAUUACCAAGAUCGGGCCAGUCCCGUGGGCUGUGGGGAGCCCCUUGAGAGGCUACCUUUAGUGGGGAGUGGGAGCUGCGGUGGAGGGGGUGGUGGUUGCGACAGUGGUGGUGUUGGUGCCCAGCAUCAGGACAGCCAGAAGCAGCACCAUUACCAUCAACAACAACAAAUGCAACAGCAACAGCAGCAGCAGCAGCAGCAGCAGCUGGAGGUGCAGCAGGACUACCACUGCUCGGAGCAUCGCCACUCCGUCCCAGCUCUCUACUAUGAAGGCUCCCACCAGGGCUCCCCAGCCCAGAGGGUUUCCUUCCUAAAGCCCCUCACACGCUCCCGCAGGGAUGCAGCAUCGUACUCCCAGCUUUCGCCUGCCCGCCACCAUUCCAGUUACUCUGGCUACUCCUCCAGCCCAGAGUACUCCUCAGAGAGUUCACUGCGGAUCUGGGAGCGCUUUCGUCCCUACCGGAAGGGCCAGCGGGAUGAGGCCUGUUAUGUGACGGCCGGAAAUGCCCUUCGAAAAAAGGUGCAGUUCGCCAAAGGCGAGGACCUGCAUGACAUCCUUGAUUACUGGAAGGGUGUGUCAGCACAGCAGAAGCUGUGACUGGAGGACCAGAGAUCAGCACUGGGGGAAAAAGAGUUUGGAUACUUCUUUUCCUGAAAGGCCAGCAGGCCUGAGAAAAAACGGGGAGAAAUAUGUUGGACGAAAUUUUGCCUUUGGGUUAUUUUUGGCAUGCUAGGUGUAUAGAAUAUUGUGUUAAGAGCAAGGACUGUGAAACUGUGCCUGGGAUAUGAGAGUCAUUAUGGUGUUUUAUUUUACACUUCAUUGUAGCACCAUUUCUGGAUCAUUCUCAUUUUGUGUUUGUGGGUUUUAUUUACAGCACAGGGAGCAAAUGCCAACUGUGUAAUUUAAUACACGUUUUGUGAUAAUAUGGACCGUCUUUAUCAGUGCCAUAUUUUCACCUGUGGGUUAUCACGGAAGAUAAUGAUGAUACCCUUCAUUUUAAGCUUUUGUGAUCCAAUAUGUUGUUUCAUAUUUUGUAUUGGGUGCUGUAUCAAUUUGCAGUGUGCAUUUGCAUAUGGAGAAGCGAAGGGAGAUCAUGACGGUGUGGGAUCUGUGCUCUGUUACAAGUGACAACAUGCUGACUUGUGAGCAGCGCUGUCAAAUGAGCCCAAACUCUCUUCCAUGAGAUCCAACAUGCAGCUGAGGCAUUUGCAUUUGAAUAGCAACUGUCACACCGACCAGAGGAGAAAUUGGAAAGAAAUUAACAAAUGAAUAAGGAGAAAACAUUCAAGUUGGCUUGAACGUCCUGCAGCAUGAGGAAAUCAUGACAGAGAGAGAUCAAAGUGGAACCUUAGCCUGAAAUAGUUCUCUGAUGGAACCCUUAGGUGUUCAACAUAAUCUUUCCAACUAAAACUCUUGCAUGGUUCAGUAACAGAUACAGAGAAUGUUUGCUCCAAAGCCACAGACUGUCCCAAACAGCAUUUUCUCAAGCAAUCAGAACUGUAAGCCUAAUGUGAAGGCGUACAGUGGGCAAAAUAGUUUUCCCUUAAUUAGAUGCUACUUAUCUGUAAAACAAGAACAUGAGCUCACGCAAUUCCCUCACAAAAAAGGCUGAGAGAUGUGACCCAUGUGUGAACAAGAUCAAGAGAAAUUGACUGCAAGCAGGGAUUUAACGGAGACAAAAAAACAAAAACAAAAAAAAAAAACGGAAAGACAAGCAAGGUUAUGAUUAAUUUUCUUCAGCCACUGUGAAUGUAAGUAGAUUACAAGCAGGUUAUGGGGAAAUCUAUUUGCAUCAUUCAAUGUGAGCGCCACAGUACAUUCCAAAUCCUUUCUCUGACAUGAAAGCUGAAUGAGGCACAGAGAGAAAGGACACUUCUAAUUACUGCCAACGUGUCUGUUCAGUUCUGGAAAUUAGUACUAUUGCUGUCUAUGGAUGACUUAAUUAGCCAACUUGUGACAGGCAUGUUUGCUUGCACUUUACGCCUCAUGAUUGUGUGUGUGUGGCUGUGUGGUAUACAGUGGUCAGUGUCAGUGGGUGUCGGCAUGCCUUGUCAGAUUAUUUUGUGUAUGCCCAAAUUGACUUCAAUUAAUAGCUGUCAGAUAUCUUCCCCAGUGGCUGGAGUCUAAACAAUACUCGAUUAUUAAUGGCAUGGACAAAUGUACAAAUAUCAACAGUGUUCGCUGUAUUUUCCCAGACAUAAGUCACAUGACCGUGAUGCUCAGCUAAUCUACAGUAGCGCAGUGCCUCUUGCUUAACACAGCCAUAAGCCGAUUUCCAUUUAUGUGUCGUGUCCAUCCACCUGGUCUGUUAUUAUUGAAAUUAUCUAAUUGUGACUUUCCUAAAUGAUCGUGUCAUGGCCCGGCUUUCUGACAAACGCCAUGCUUCCUACGCAGAGUGCUGCGUGGGUGUCCAUUAUCAGCUAACAUACACAGUCUGAGACACCCUACCCUGAAAAUGUGAAAACCGAAUCAGUGGUCCUUGCUCCACAUUUUUGUUCAGGGCUUCGUUCAAGAGACAGGAAGAUUCAUUUCAGGAACAUGUCUAUCUCUGUUUUGAUCCUUACUUGUUUCAUGUGGAUGGGGUCCAUUGUCCAUUGUGAUACGGGUUUGAGCAGAGCACUCGACGUGACGUGCUCUGUUUUAUUAAGUGGGAAAAGUGAGAAUUGCCUUUCUAGCAGGCAGGAUUUGGGUCUGCUCAGCACAUAUCAACACUGCUCUCUUCUGUUUUCUUUCUUUAUGGCAGUUGAUGUUUAGCAUGCGCUUGACUAUUGUGAAAAAAGGUUGAGCAGGAUUGAGUGUGCAAAUGUGAGAGGGUGGUCUGUAGUGGUAUCUUCAUUCUGAUCUAUGUUUUUUCUUCCUCCCUCUUUGUUUUCAUGAAGCAUCGAUCUGCCGUUUUUUUCCUUGUUUUGAUAUGUUGUGUGCAUACAGUCAGGGUCAGAGGUCUGUGUGCUUUGCGCGUUUACAAUUGAAUGGACCACAUCAAAUCAAGAGCCUAACUUUCGUAUUUGAGAAAACAGCAUGUCCGGGAUGCGCCACCUCAUCCGCCUUCUUCAUGUGAUGAAGCACCAUGUGACAAACAUACAGUCUCGGAAGUUUUCAGUUCCCCCGCUGAUCUCCAAUCAUCUGAGAUGAGAGAGUUUUCCAAAGGAACAUGUUACUGUGAAUGACAUUCAGCAAAUCAGAGGAAAGGAUUUUUCCUUCAUCCCACGGAGGGAACUGUUUAACUCCCCAGAUCCUCAACUGCCAUGACACGUUUACAGAAAAUGGACACUGAGGAUAACAGCAAAAUCAGAAAAUGUUCAGUAAUAUCAGGAUUGCCCAUCGUUUCAGCUGCCAUUCAUGUCCACCUACCUGACAAACUACAAUGUGACAGAAAAUUCUGAUUAUUACUGGCCCAUUUCAUACAUUUUUGUAUUUUAAUUAACGUUAACACACUAAUGUAUUUUUCAGGAAACAGAUUUUCAGGGACAGACGUGUGUUCAGGUGCUCUUCUGCUCACAUUUCAUUCAAACAUUCGUUUGUUCGCUGUGAAUGAAACCCUCGGGUGAUACAGUGCUGGUGUAAGAAGUGCCAAUCGUUCUGGUGUUGUUUUCACCAUUGCUCUGAAGAGCGCCGUAGUUGGAGGGGAUAUUGUGUUUCUCACCAUCAAUAAUUACUUGAAAGCCUGCUGCCAAAAUAGCCACGAGAGAGUCAUGAAAAUGCAAACGGAGACUAGUUUGUGCAGGAUUCUGAUUUUACAAGCCAGUCUGUCUGUUAGUCAGCAUGUAAGCGAUUGUCAUAUAGCAGCAAAACACAAGUGCAAGUGUUAACGCAAAGGUCAGCGCUGCCCUCACACAUAAACCUCUGCUGUAGAAGCAAAGCAGAUGCUGGUGGUUUAGACCUUAGCAGGACCAAUUCGUUUUUAUUUUUCUGUUGUUUUCCCUCUACAACUGUCACUCUUCGAGACUGAAGCCCUUAAUGAAACAAAGAACACCCAUGGGUAUUCCCUCAGAACGCGAGCAGGGCCACACAAUAUUCCUGUAAACGUUACAUUAUCAUACCUGUUUUUUGUUCCACAAAUCCAGCAUCAAACAGAACAACCCCUCUCUUCCCCCUCGGCUCGUAUCCUCGUCGAAUCCCUGGAGGGUGGCUCACUUGGAGAUCAAUGGUCCUUUUUGUAGCGCCAUCCUUGUUGUUUGUCUCAGAGCCACAGGAAAGCCAGACGUGAGAAAGCCAUCUAAUGUGCUAUUAAUGUUUAAUCCUUUUGUGGGAGGCUGGCUCCCGUCGCCUCCCUUAUCUCUGUGCACCCAAGAAAAAUCAGAGACGCUUUCAGUUUUUUAACAUGUAAAUCCUUUGAUGCUCGCCUAUAUUUAAAACCUGGCCCCAUUAAACAGAAACACCACUUUCUUUAAUAAUGGAUCAGA